UUGUAAUAAAAAUGCACCAAUCAAAGAACAAUUUAUUCUAUUCAUUGUUUCAUGAACUGAUUGAACUCCUUCUUUCAUUAGAUGUAACUCUGAGCUCAGCAUAUAUUUGUAAACUUUGUAAUUACGUACGCAGGAGAGUUAAAUUUUUUAUAGUAAAAAAUACUAUUUCAGAAAAUGAAUGUCAUAAAUUCUGAAAAUGCAUUGGGGAGUCGAGGACGAGGAAAACGUAGUCGCGGACGAGGAAAAAUUGGCACACUGGGAACUAUUCAACAAACAGUUAACAUAUUACCUAAAUAUUUGAUUCCUGAGACCCGAAGACCAUUGGUAAAUCUUGCACCAUCAAGUUCAAGUACAACAGUCACCCCAAAAGCAGCUAGACGAGGAUAUAGAGCUACAUCAUCUUCUGGACGAGGAAGAAGUUCUGGACGUGGUAGAACUACUGACUCUGGCACUGGUGGUAGAAUCACAACAUCCAGUACCUCAGAUGCCCAAGAAAAAUUUGUGAUAAUGGCUAUUACGUCUGGUCGUGGUGAAGCUAGAGGAGAAGUUGGAAUGGCUGUUAUGGAUGUACAACAUCCACACAUCAUCAUUUGUCAAAUAAGCGACUGUAAUUCAUAUAUUAAUACAUUGACUAAAAUUCACACAUUUGAUCCAGUCGAGAUUAUAAUGCCAGAUACGAUGUGUGAGGCCAGUAACAAUCUUUACACUGCGAUCAAAGAGAAAUUUGAAAAUAUUGAUAUAGCUGGUGUCAGUCGUAUACAUUUUUCUGAUGCUAUUGGUUUAGAAAGAAUAAAAAUUCACUGCGCCAGUGAAUUUGCGUCUGUUGAGCUUGCAGUUCAUCAAAAGUAUUACGCUCUUGCUGCAACAGCAGCUUUGAUGAAGUAUAUUGAAUUCAUCCAACAUGUUCAGUAUAUGCCUCAGUCAAUGCGUAUAGAUUAUCAAGUGUCUCAAAACAAUACAAUGAUUGACAUUGAAAGUGCUCAGAGCUUAGAAUUAAUAACAGCUCAUGGAGGUCAACCAAAUUACUGUCUUCUUGGAGCUCUUGAUCGUUGUUCAACUCCAAUGGGUAGAAGAUUACUGAGAGUUUCUAUUCUUCAACCGCCUUGUAAUGUAGAUACUAUAACUAAGAGACAGCAAUGCAUUGAGGAGUUUGUCAACAAUCGAUCAGUAUUUGCAAUUACUCAACCAAUUGUACGACGUUUAUACGGAGCGAGUCGUCUUCUAAGUUUAGGAAUGACGACAGUUCAAGGUGACUCUGUUCAAAAAGCUGAAAGAAAUCUCAAUUAUAUUUUAUUAUUAAAAAAUACUAUUGAUAUAAUACCUGAAUUAAAAGCAGCUCUAAGUACUGCUCAAGCACCUUUUUUUCAAAAAAUUCGUACUGAUCUCGAAGACGAUCGUUUUGAAAUUAUGAAAGAAAAAAUUUUGGAAAUAGUUCAUGAAGAUGCAAUGUCUGUUAUGGGAUUUACUUCAGCAAAUAUGCAAAGAUGCUUUGCAAUUAAGGCUCAAAUUAAUGAAUUGUUAGAUAUUGCUCGACAAGCUUACUGUGAAUUAAUUGAUGACAUGCAAUCAAUGGUGUUAAAAUUGGGUGAAAAAUAUAAUUUCCCAUUAGCUCUUGGAUGUAAUAUGAUGUAUGGUUAUCACAUUCAAAUGAAUAUAACAAAAUAUAACUUUAAUGAAGAAAAUUUACCUAAAGAAUUUAUAAUGCUUCAAAAGCAAAGAAAUUUAGUACUUAUGACGGUUGAACCACUUGUUGUUCUUGGUACUCAUUGUAGAGAUGCGUGUGAAGAAAUUCAUAUUAUGAGUGAUAUAAUAAUGUCUGAAGCAUUAAAUGAAAUAAGAAAUUACAUCGGCUGUUUGUUUUAUCUUAAUGACAAUAUUGCAGAACUUGACCUGAUCUUGUCUUUAGCACAAAUAAGUUCAAUAUCUGAUUACGUAAAACCAACAUUUGAAUCAGAACUUGAAGUCCGUAAUUCGAAACAUCCUGUAAUGGAUAUACUUGGAGUAGAACCUCCAAUACCCAAUGACAUAAUUGCUUCUGUCUAUUACAAUUUUCAUAAUAUAACUGGUCCAAAUAUGGGAGGUAAAACGAUUUAUUUAAAACAAAUUGUUCUUUUGCAAAUCAUGGGACAAAUGGGAUGCUAUGUACCCGCAACAAAAGCUAAGUUACGUGUUGCCGAUCGUAUUUUUUGUAGGCUUGGAGUUAGAGAUGAUAUUGAGUACAAUGCAUCAACUUUUAUGCUUGAAAUGAAAGAAGCGCAAUACAUUUUGCAAUCAAUUACUCCACAGUCAUUAGUUAUUUUAGAUGAAUUAGCUCGAAGUACUACAGUUGAAGAAGGAGCUUCGAUUGCUUGGGCUAUAUGUCGACAACUUUUAAAGACAUCAGCAUUUAUUUUUAAUGCUACUCAUUUUUUAUAUUUACUGAAAAUCGUUGAUCUUUAUCCAAAUGCUACAAAUCAUUACAUGGAAGCGAUUUUAAAAAAUGAAAAUGAUAUUGAUCAACCAAGAUUAGUUUAUACUCAUAAAUUAAAGGAAGGUAUCUCUACAAUUGAUCAUUAUGGAAUAACAUUAGCAAGAUUAUCAGGUUUACCAGAAAAUAUUACUACUGAAGCCCAAGAGUUAGCAUUACAAAUAUCUACAAGUCUAAAGUCGACAGAAACAAAUAGUAUAAGUGAACGUCAACGUAACGUAAUUACUCAACGUAAAAUAAACUAUGACACUAUGGUAGCAAUAAACAAAGAAUUUUUGAAAGAGACAGUUGAUACUGAUUACAUUUACCAAAUAAUGAAAAAUAUUAAAAUAAUUGAUUACACCGAUUGUGAACUCGUUGAUCCUAAUGAAAAAAUUUCAUUAAUGUCUAUUAUGAAAAAGAAGCAAACAACCGAUAAUCUUGAAAAUGAAACUACUAAACCAGAAUCUAUGGAUCAAGAUCAAUUUAAAAAACCUAGAGCUGUUCCUCAGUUAUAUACCACCAAAGAACCAUCAAUGCCCGAUCAGGAGAACAUUCAACCAGGGAAAAGAUUGUCAGUUCCUGUAUCAUCAGUAUCAGAAGCUUCACAGCCUAAAGUUCCUAAACUUGGAGCACCAUUAAAAACUACUCCUCAAUUAUUUAAACAAUCAUCCCAUGUAAAGCCUCUGUCAGAACGAAAUUAUUACGAUAAAAGUAUUGAUUCACCUUUACGGUCAUCUGGUAAAAGCAAGAAAAUACUUUUGCAUCCUUUCUCUGAUUCUGAUUCACCUCUUUUUAUACCAAAAUCACAACCAACUGUAUUUAAUUCAUCACAAAGUAAUUAUCGAUCUGGAUCAGGAUCAAACAUAUCAGCAAAAGAUAAAUCACGACUCACUGUCUCAAAGUUGGAUCCACGAUAUCACGUUCCUAAUCAGUACUACGGAGUACAGAAAGCAUUUAGACAAAUAAGUUUAUCUCCUGAAAGUAAACGUAAGAGACAAGAAUCUUCUCAUACAUCAUUUGGGGAAGAAAUGGCUCCAUCAGCUGCCCGAGCUGAUAAUUUGUUAGAUAGUUUAGCGAUUCCUAGUACUUCAAAAAAUACUUCGAGAAAAACAGAUGCUACAUUAUUUAAAAUUGAUACACCGACUAGUAAAAUUCCUGAGGAAUAUUGUUAUAUGCGUCAUAUAUUAAAAAAUCCGCCAUGGGAAAAUAGGAUUGACUUAUUGGAAUCCGAUGAAUUAGGAACUUCAUCAACGAAAAAUGAUAACUUUUUUUUAACUUCAAAAAUUGUUACGAGAAACGCAAAUCUUGUGGCCAACGAUCGUAAAAAUAUUGAAAAAAUUUUAAGUAACUCGACUUAUGAGUCAGAUUUGAAGUCGCCAUUAAAAGAUAUAAUAAAUCCUAUGGAGUAUUCUGGACUGAUGCUUUCUGGGCCUUCGAUGCUUCAACAAGCAGAUAAACAAUCAAAUCUACUUGUGAAAGAUGAUAAUAAUAAAAAAUUAUCACCUGCUACAUCUCAAACGUCAAUAGAAACAACUGCGGCUCGCACUCUCGCUCGUCGCAAAGAAGCUGAAAUUUUUAAAAUGAUUGAAGGCGACGCUUUUGAUGAAAAAAGUUUUAUGAAUUCUAUUAAAACUCAUGUCAGCAUUGAUUCCGAUUAAUUUAAUUAUUUAAUUUAUUUAAAGAUUAUUAGUUCUUAAUAUUUAUAAUUAUUUCAAAUGAUAUAUCAAUUUUCCGCGUAAAAAAUAUUAGUUCACUGGAUUUUUUAAAUUCAAAACAAUUCGGAUUUAGUUUUAAAUUGUAAUUUUUCAAAUAUGUAUUAGCGUAUUUAUUUAUUCAAAUGAAACGAAAAAAAUUAAUGUCUAUUAUUGGCAGUUAUAUUAUUUAUUUAAUUAAUAAAAAGAUCCUGAAUUCUUUUUGAAAUGAAUAAUUCUUACAAAGGUUAAAUAUCGGUGAUAGUAAAUCCCUCGCGGACUCGGGAUUACUCCGAAAUCAUGGUGAAAUUUCGGUGAAAUCAUAGUGAAAUGACAGUGAAAUCACUGUAACUUUGUGCCAUUUGCUUACUGUGUGAUAAUUAUCAUCCGAUGGUAAUUUUAUGAUGAUUUCACCAUCGAUUCAUAGUAGAAUCACAAUAGCAUAACAGUCAAUUUACAGUAGUAUAGCUGUAAGUUGACAGUAGUAUUACUGUGUAUUUACAGUGAUUUCACUAUCAGUUUAUGCUGGAUCUGCAGUGCUUCAGUCAUGCUUUCUCAGUAAUAAUACCGUGAUCAUACAGUGAUUUCACAGCAGUCUUACUAUAGAUUCUUCGUGAAAUCACAAUAAUAUCGCUGUGAAUUGACAGUAAUAUUACUGUGAUUUCUUAAUCAUUUAAUCCUGGAUCUGCUUAGUUUUCAUCGAGAUUUAGGGGCAAUAUUGAGAUCCUAUAUUUAUUGAUUCAAAGAUAAUAAUAAUAAAAUUAAUAAUAAUAUUAUAAUAGCAACAAUAAUCCUAAUCUUGGUUUUUCAAUAAAUAAUUUUUCUUGUUUAAAAAAAUUAUUUAGUAUCCAUCCCUUUGUACGACUUCAUGUAAUUAUUCCUCUGGAGGAUUAAAUGCUAUUUUUUUACCCUCGGUAAAGAAGGAAUUUUAUUUUUUUUUAACGCAUGAUGGGAUUCGAACUGCCGACCCUUCGAUUGAGAGUAGCUUAAGUCAUGUACUUUAGCCCACUCGGCCACCACACGCAUUCGGAACUUAAUAUUUAAUCUGUUACUUCAUGCUAUUCAAUACUAUAUA